AUGGGCACAGGCCUCGAGGACGGAGUGGGUGCACUUAAGGUGAGGAAAGAAUCAGUCUGUGUCAGAGAGAAACAGAUAAAUACCACCGUCUGGCAAGUUUGAUUAAUCUCUCUGUGACUUUAUAGAGAGAAAAAGACUACUAGAGAAAGUGAGUGUGGUGGAUAUUUUAAUCAAUAAUGAGGAGAGACAAGGUCAAUCACCAAUCAGAAUAUUAACUUUAUUAAAAACGUAUUGAUAAGGGAGCUGGUCACAAUACCCACACCAAAGUGAGUAGAGUGAGAGCCCAACGAACAGGAAAUGCUGACGUCUUAUAUAGUGAACCUACAAAUGCUUAGUGAUGGCUGGUUCCAACCCUCCCCGGCAGAUCAGGAGCUACCUUGUUUUCUUCUUGUGGCUAUGUGUAUCGGGUCAUAACGCACAAACAAGUGAUAACGUUAGCUCCGUUACUGCCCAUAUCUCCACACAGCUGUGCCCUUGGAAGAUAGUAAAAGACAGGAUGAACUGAAAAACUGUGGUCACUCUGAGGCUCUUUGUCUUGACCGUGUGACCAGGUUACUCAGAAGCAACGAGAAAUUGAAACAAUACAGGUCUAUCUGUUCCUCAAGUUUAUCUCUGUCCCAUGUCCUUGACUUCGCGCCCAGACCAGCUGCAGGGAGCUAGAGGGAACCAUAUUUAUGAAAAGCACAGCAUUGGUAGUUAAGAAAUGUCUCUACUAUUGUUAAGCAUAUUAAUUGUUAACUAUUAAUAUUAAACAAAUCAAGUAAAUACGUGAUUUUUCUCACACAAGAGUUAGCUUGUUUUGUGUAAAAGCAGUAAUAAGUCAUGUUGACGUUUUUUGAUUCUCACACAGUUAGUUGGAGUGUGUGUGAGAGGUCUUGCACUGCCUGUACUCAACUGUGUGUGUGUGUGUGUGUGUGUGCAUGUGUGCAUGUGUGCGUAUGUCAGGGCGGGGUGUGUUUUAGUCUGGGAACAUGGAUAAGGUGUUGGACAUCUAUCAGGAGGACUUUGAUGUGAGUGUGGGGCCAGGUGUGACAUGCAAGGGCCUCAACUCCUACCUAAGAUACACAGGUCUGUGGUUUCCUGUCAGUGAGUCACGUGACCUGCAAUGAUGUCACUGCACCAACUGGCGGCCCAACAUGCCUGUCACUAAAUACACGCCGAGUUAAUCAUUGUGAAUUUAAGUUAAAUGUUUUUCUAUUGUGAAAUAGGAGUCCCUGGGUGAAACAUUUUGGGAACCCCUGGUCUAAGUAAUCAUACAAACUACUUUCAUGCACAGUGGUAUAGCAUGAUUGUCAUUCUAGCUUGCGUUUUGCACUCUAAGUUGUGAAGCAUAUUUGUGAAGUGUUAGGUAUGAAAUCACUGAGGUUGUCUACUGUCUGCCUCCACACACAGACCCUGGUGCAGAUGUGUCUCUGUGUGGCAUGGCUGCCACCAGUGCAUCAGGCACCAACACUGUGCGAUACGGCACCAUGCGGGAGAACGUACUCAACCUGGAGGUGGUGCUGUAAUUCUUCUUUCUGUAAUUCCACCAGUAAUGAGGACCUGUAUGACCUUUGACCUUCCCUCCUCUCCGUUAGAACCAACCUGUUUGUGGGUUUAGAGGGCACUCUGGGGGUGAUCACUAAGACCACCCUGCAUCUCUAUUGGGUGCCAGAGGCCAUGGUAUCUCCUGUGUGCACCUUCCCCUCUGUCCAGGCAACAGUGGACAGCACCGUGCAGGUCCUCCAGACUGUCAUUGUGACCUGUGAGAGUGAGAUUUCUUCUAAUUUGUUGAUGGGAAACUACUUGUUGUGGUGUGUCUAGAGGAGAUCACGCAGGCUAACGAUGGGUCAGACUUUACCUGGGCACGGGAUGCAGAGACCCGCAGGCGUCUGUGGAAGAUACGACACAAUGCCUGGUAUGCUGCCCUGGCAAUGAGACUGGGCUGCAAGGUGAGGAAUAACAUGACUUGGAUCAUUAUUGAUAAAUAAUCUAUAAUCACUUUGGCAUUGUUGUUUGAAAUGACUGAUCCAGUGUUGAUGUACAGUGAGAGAAAAAAGUAUUUGAUCCCCUGCUGAUUUUGUACGUUUGCCCACUGACAAAGACAUGAUCAGUCUAUAAUUUUAAUGGUAGGUUUAUUUGAACAGUGAGAGACAGAAUAACAACAAAAAAAUCCAGAAAAACGCAUGUCAAAAAUGUUAUAAAUUGAUUUGCAUUUUAAUGAGGGAAAUGAGUAUUUGACCCCUCUGCAAAACAUGACUUAGUACUUGCUGGCAAAACCCUUGUUGGCAAUCACAGAGGUCAGACGUUUCUUGUAGUUGGCCACCAGGUUUGCACACAUCUCAGGGGGGAUUUUGUCCCACUCCUCUUUGCAGAUCUUCUCCAAGUCAUUAAGGUUUCGAGGCUGACGUUUGGCAACUCGAACCUUCAGCUCCCUCCACAGAUUUUCUAUGGGAUUAAGGUCUGGAGACUGGCUAGGCCACUCCAGGACCUUAAUGUGCUUCUUCUUGAGCCACUCCUUUGUUGCCUUGGCCGUGUGUUUUGGGUCAUUGUCAUGCUGGAAUACCCAUCCACGACCCAUUUUCAAUGCCCUGGCUGAGGGAAGGAGGUUCUCACCCAAGAUUUGACUGUACAUGGCCCCGUCCAUCGUCCCUUUGAUGCGGUAAAGUUGUCCUGUCCCCUUAGCAGAAAAACACCCCCAAAGCAUAAUGUUUCCACCUCCAUGUUUGACGGUGGGGAUGGUGUUCUUGGGGUCAUAGGCAGCAUUCCUCCUCCUCCAAACACGGCGAGUUGAGUUGAUGCCAAAGAGCUCCAUUUUGGUCUCAUCUGACCCAACACUUUCACCCAGUUCUCCUCUGAAUCAUUCAGAUGUUCAUUGGCAAACUUCAGACAGGCCUGUAUAUGUGCUUUCUUGAGCAGGGGGACCUUGCGGGCGCUGCAGGAUUUCAGUCCUUCAUGGCGUAAUGUGUUACCAAUUGUUUUCUUGGUGACUAUGGUCCCAGCUGCCUUGAGAUCAUUGACAAGAUCCUCCCGUGUAGUUCUGGGCUGAUUCCUCACCGUUCUCAUGAUCAUUGCAACUCCACGAGGUGAGAUCUUGCAUGGAGCCCCAGGCCGAGGGAGAUUGACAGUUAUUUUAUGUUUCUUCCAUAUGCGAAUAAUCGCACCAACUGUUGUCACCUUCUCACCAAGCUGCUUGGCGAUGGUCUUGUAGCCCAUUCCAGCCUUGUGUAGGUCUACAAUCUUGUCCCUGACAUCCUUGGAGAGCUCUUUGGUCUUGGCCAUGGUGGAGAGUUUGGAAUCUGAUUGAUUGAUUGCUUCUGUGGACAGGUGUCUUUUAUACAGGUAACAAGCUGAGAUUAGGAGCACUCCCUUUAAGAGUGUGCUCCUAAUCUCAGCUCAUUACCUGUAUAAAAGACACCUGGGAGCCAGAAAUCUUUCUGAUUGAGAGGGGGUCAAAUACUCAUUUCCCUCAUUAAAAUGCAAAUAAAUUUAUAACAUUUAUGACAUGCGUUUUUCUGGAUUUUUUGUUGUUAUUCUGUCUCUCACUGUUCAAAUAAACCUACCAUUAAAAUUAAAGACUGAUCAUUUCUUUGUCAGUGGGAAAACGUACAAAAUCAGCAGGGGAUCAAAUACUUUUUUCCCUCACUGUAACAGAAAUGUGUUGACUCCAUUUUGAUCCUGCAGGCCUACUCCACAGAUGUGUGCGUCCCUCUCUCUCGCCUCCCUCAAAAUAUUGUGGAAACCAAGGAGGACCUGAUACUAAACAGACUCAUAGGUAACGGCUAGCUAACACUCACCACAGAUUCCCUCUUGGGGCAUCACUCAUGUUAUUGUACAUCAGGGAUCAUCAACUAGAUUCAGCCGCGGGACAAUUUUUUUCUUGAGCGGAUGGUCAUGGGGCCGGAACAUAAUUACAAAUAAUUUGUAGAUGUCAAAUUGACCGCAAGAAGCCCAAACAGAUAUAAUAUUUUAAUAUUUAAAACUAAACUUGCUUACAUUUGUAUACGACCACGUCUCUCUAUUAUGUGUGAGAAUACUUGGGAACAGAUUUUCAAAAAUGUAAAUCACUUGGUGCUGAUUUCCUGGUGUUUUUACAGUAUUUUAUGUCCAACAAUUAACAUUUUAAAAAUAUAUAAGUAUAAUAAUAAUAAUAAUAAUAAUAAUAAUAAUAAUAAUUUGCUCAGAAAACUGGAGGGGCCAAAUAAAACCACCUGCGGGCCACCAGUUGGGGAACUGCUGUAUAUGUUUGUGUGUGAACAGUAGUGUAUUACAGCUUCUUUCUCUCCUGAGGUCUGAUCGUGGGUCAUGUUGGAGAUGGAAAUUUCCAGGAUGAGGUCACUACAUUUUUUUUUUUUGUCAUUUUAGCAGAUGCUCUUAUCCAGAGCGAUUUACAGUUAGUGAGUGCAUACAUUAUUAUUUGUUUUUUUAUUUGUUUAAUUUUUUCAUACUGGCCCCCCGUGGGAAUCGAACCCACAACCCUGGCAUUGCAAACGCCAUGCUCUACUAACUGAGCUACAGCUCUGCCAGCCAUUCCCUCCCCUACCCUGGACGACGCUGGGCCAAUUGUGCGCCGCCCCCAUGGGUCUCCCGGUCGCGGCCGGCUACGACACAGCCCACUAGAGUUCACUGAGAGACUGGCCAGGUACUGUAGGUCUCUCUUUCCUCUAUAUUUUCUCCCUCGUUUUUUUCCUAUACCUCGUCAUUGAUCGGCCCCUUGUCCCUUACCAUGGAACUCAUUCUCUCUUAUCCCUGUCUUCAUAUUUCUCUGUUUCUCUCUCACCCUGUAGGAAAGCACUGGCACUGGACGGGACAUGUACAGGGGAGCACGGGGUGGGCCUGGGGAAACGAGUGUUGCUUCGUGAGGAGAUGGGACCACUUGCCAUGGAGGUCAUGCAGGACCUGGGAAGGUGCUGUAGCUGAAGGUACUGAAGCUAUCACCUUAUCACAGGGCACUGAAUAAAGGAAUGAAGUGUACUACUUAUGGAUGCAUUACCUCUGUCUGCCACCGGGUGUCAGGUGUUUGGUAUAAUUGUUUUUAUACUGUGAGUGACUAACGAGUACCAAGGGCAAAUUGUGUUAUUUUUGUCUGUCCUCUGUUUUUUCUCUUAAGUUCCUCUGAAUUAAAUGCUUCUUUAGAUUUUAUUACAACACAACUGUAUGGCUUGAAAUUAUUUAUUGACUAUUUGUAAUGAACUAAAUCCAUCGGUUUGCAUUUGGUUUCUGCUCUAUUUUGUGCCGUUGAUAUGUGCAUACUGUAUUUAAACUGUAAAUGGCCCCUUCUGAUGGACAGUUAAGUAUUUUUUUAUAUUGACAUGGUGAAGUUGCUCAUGUCUCUAAAGAUUUCUUCUUACAAUCUGAUUUGCUCAGUGGUCACGUGUUGAGAGAAGCCAACGAGACUAGAGAAAAACAACCCAGGCUUUAUGCAACAGAGCAUUAACACCUGUAAGUGGUCACAGGAGUGAUCCCAGUUUUCUCCUCAAGAGAAUCCAUCAAUCUAUCCAGGACAGAAGAGAACACAGCUUUUGCCUUUUAAGACAAUCUUAACCGAUGCCUUGAAAUAGGGUCAACAAAGUAGCUUAAUGAUAAGUAUUAGCACACCAUUAUUUAUUGAGUAGAUUUGUUCAACUUAACAUUUAGGCCUGAAUGUAGUUAAAGAAAUUACAUGAAAAAGCAUGAUUAUUUAGACUUUUUUUAUUAUCUAUAUAUAUAUAUAUAUAUAUAUAUAUAUAUAUAUAUAUAUAUAUCAUUAUCAUUACUCAUCCCACAGAUUGCACAUCAAAAUCAUCAGACAAUUAGUUGGUACCUCCAAAACAGGCACCCAUUCACAUCCUUGGAAAAAAAACGUCAUCAAAAAACAUUACAUUAAAUAAAGCAAGAAAUGAAGGUAUAUGGUCCUUUAGCAGAGUCAGGCAGGGAUACAGUUAGCAGGAGACAUUAAGUUAUAUAGUAUACUAUAUCAUAACUGACUAGUAGUCGGUCUCCCCUGUGUUCCUUGUUCAGUUGAAGCUUGGUGGUUGUCUGCUUGCUAAUGAAUGGUUUUGUAGUGCCCUCACAGGUAAGAAGCAGAUAACCCUGCAAAAAUACUAUAUUCUCUACAUUUUCAUCUAGCACAAAUGGAAAAAUAUUCACCCAUUUGUUGAGCACUGUUAGUUUGUUUUCUUCCAGAAUCAUCAUUCUGUUAUUCUUUAUACAUUAGAGGCAUUCUGAAGAGUAAUGUACGUUUUCUGACAGAUUUGGAACAACAAAUCUUGUUAAAUGUGAAUAAAUAAGUUGUAACCCCGGAAUAGCUCCAUGAUGUGACUGUCAUGUUUGGGUUGAUGGGUCUUUAACACGUCCAUUACAUUAAGUCACAUCAGCCAACACAACCAGAGAGGACCUGACCUAUUUCAGCAGAAAACAUGUCGGGCACAGACAGUAGCUUAGACCAAGAGGCAUCACACAUACAUACAUACACACAUACAUACAUACAUACACACAUACACACAUACAUACAUACAUACACUACCAGUCAAAAGUUUGGACACACCUACUCAUUCAAGGGUUUUUCUUUAUUUUUACUAUUUUUUACAUUGUAGAAUAAUAGUGAAGACAUCAAACUAUGAAAUAACACAUAUGGAAUCAUGUACUAACCAAAAAAGUGUUACACAAAUCUAAAUAUAUUUUAUAUUUGAGAUUCUUCAAAUAGCCACCCUUUGCCUUGAUGACAGCUUUGCACACUCUUGGCAUUCUCUUAACCAGCUUCAUGAAGUAGUCACCUGGAAUGCAUUUCAAUUAACAGGUGUGCCUUCUUAAACGUUAAUUUGUGGAAUUUCUUUCCUUCUUAAUGCGUUUGAGUCAAUCAGUUGUGUUGUGACAAGGUAGGGGGGGUAUACAGAAGAUAGCCCUAUUUGGUAAAUGACCAAGUCCAUAUUAUGGCAAGAACAGCUCAAAUAAGCAAAGAGAAACGACAGUCCAUCAUUACUUUAAGACAUGAAGGUCAGUCAAUACGGAUCAUUUCAAGAACUUUGAACAUUUCUUAAAGUGCAGUCGCAAAAACCAUCAAUCACUAGCAUGAAACUGGCUCUCAUGAGGACCGCCACAAGAAUGGAAGACACAGAGUUACCUCUGCUGCAGAGGAUAAGUUCAUUAGAGUUACCAGCCUCAGAAAUUGCAGCCCAAAUAAAUGCUUCACAGAGUUCAAGUAACAGACACAUCUCAACAUCAACUGUUCAGAGGGGACUGUGUGAAUCAGGCCUUCAUGGUCGAUUCACCAGUAAGAAGAAGACACCUGCUUGGGCCAAGAAACAUGAGCAAUUAGACCGGUGGAAAUUUGUCCUUCGGUCUGGAGUCCAAAAUUGAGAUUUUUGGUUCCAACUGCCGUGUCUUUGUGAGACACGGUGAGGGUGAACGGAUGAUCCCUGCAUGUGUAGUUCCCACAGUAAAGCAUGGAGGAGGAGGUGUUGUGGUGUGGGGGUGCUUUGCUGGUGACACUGUCUGUGAUUUCUUUAGAAUUCAAGGCAUACUUAACGAGCAUGGCUACCACAGCAUUCUGCAGCGAUACGCCAUCCCAUCUGGUUUGGGCUCAGUGGGACUAUCAUUUGUUUUUCAACAGGACAAUGACCCAACACACCUCCAGGCUGUGUAAGGACUAUUUUACGAAGAAGGAGAGUGAUAGAGUGCUGCAUCAGAUGACCUGGCCUCUAAAAUCCCCCGACCUCAAACCAAUUGAGAUGGUUUGGGAUGAGUCGGACGGCAGAGUGAAGGAAAAGCAGCCAACAAGUGCUCAGCAUAUGUGGGAACUCCUUCAAGACUGUUGGAAAAGCAUUCCAGGUGAAGCUGGGUAAGAGAAUGCCAAGAGUGUGCAAAGCUGUCAUCAAGGCAAAGGGUGGCUAUUUGAAGAAUCUCAAAUAUAAAAAAAUAUAUUUUCAUUUGUUUAACACUUCUUUGGUUACUACAUGAUUCCAUAUGUGUUAUUUCAUAGUUUUGAUGUCUUCACUAUUAUUCUACAAUGUAGAAAAUAGUAAAAAUAAAGAAAAACCCUUGAAUAAGUAGGUGUGUCCAAACUUUUGACUGGUACUGUACAUACAUAAAUACAUAUAUACAUACAUACAUACACACAUACAUACAGUACACACAUACACACACAUGAACACACUCAAGGCCCUUACAGGGAAAUUACUAAUUCUGAUCAGUGUCUCCCCAUCGCAGAAAAAACGGGUGGACAAAAACAAGGAGAAAGAGUGUGUAUGUCAUGUCGAUUUUAUGUAACUGUAAACAUUAGCAAAAUAAAGGGAGCGAUACCACAUUCACACAGGGAAAAUGGACAUCUAAAUUGUAAACAUUUCAAACACAGACCAACACAUAGUAUUGUCUCAGACUUCUAUUUGAUCCUUUAGCAAAUCAGGCUCUCACACUACAGAGAUGGCUGCAUCAUCACCCCAACCUCAACCACACAACAUGUAUGCUUACAGACAUCAUCCUCACGGCCCCAGAACAUAGAAAAACAUAAACCAACGACCCCCAACUGUCCCCCACGACACACAAGCACACUCACACACACACAUUCACCCACCACCAAGCUUAAACGACGUACCCCUCCACAUACUAACGCACACAGAACAAGUGUAGUCUGUCUGACAUUUUCACUGCCCUGACAUAUAUAGAAGCAUUAACUACACCCCUUCACACACACACACACACACACACACACACACACACAACCCAAACAGACAUAACCCAAACAGAAACCUACAUAGACAGACCCUGCCUGCCCCACCAAUGCUGCACUUCACACAUCGCUACUCCACCUCAAAGCAAAGACUAAGAUAAGCGCAUGUGUCUCCAACUAAUGAUUGGGUGGGUGGGUGGGUGGGUGCUGAAACUCUGGUGAUUGGGGGAAAGCCUUUUGUCGCAUUAUCAGACAACGUCCUGGGAGUCGACCCUGCCCUGGCACACAGGGUGCAUCCAGCUCGAUUCCUUCCUCUUCAUCUUUCUCUUUAUCUUCAUUCUCCUCCUCAGUCUCUUCCUGGUGAAGGCCAUGGGAUGGCUGGAUCCAGAUGAGUGACAGGGAGCCAGUCAGGGCCAAACUCUGGAGGCAGAAUGGAAGGCAGAGCAGAGCAGGGGCCAGAUCCCCGGAGGAGCCCAGAGAGGACCAGGGCAUGUGGCGGGGUGACUGGCUGGCUGGGGGGGCCAAGCAGCCUGGUGAGGCAGUUGGCCUGGAGGGAUGGUCAGCCUAG